ACCCGCUGAGAGGGGGAGAGAGGGAGACUAGGCGCACAAAGGAAGCGCACAUUCUCAUCGUUCUGAAGGGAGGUAAUUGGGUGCAUGAUGUAAACACGGAAUAAAUAUCGAGAGGCAUUAUUCCAUUUUUACCCUCCCUUUACCCCUUCACCGCACUUGUACAUUAAAGGCGUUUAAUAAUAUAUGAGGUAGUAUACAGCCUGCGCGUCUGUGUGUCUGUACAGAGAAAGAAAGGCGGCCAGAGAGUGGGGAACUGAAGCCAAGAGUGGAGGAGAGGGAAGAGGAGUUGCGCUUUGUUUCAUCCUCGCUUUGGUGGGGUUUCUGGAGUUUCUCGCUUGCUUUGGAGACGCGAUGUCAUACUGGAAAAGCUGACCAAGUUCGACAAGGGACGAUUUCUUGCGCUUCUUCGGAGGUGCGAAGAUGACAAUGGGAGCGAACGCCAAUAUGUUGCAUUUCUGAGGCAAAUACGUCUCCAUGGGUGAGGUCCACUGAUCCAGGAAUCCCUGUGUCUCUUUCUCCCUCCCCGACUUCCUCGCCACCCUUACACCCUUCCCCCUCAAGUGGAGCCACAAUGACUUCCACCAGCCAGCUCCUGGGUUUAGCCGAGAUGGGCCUAAAGUGCGAGCAGGAGAUCGAGAGGAGGUAUGAGAUCGUGCCCUCGGUGGUCUGCUCCAUGUGUUGCCUCUUUGGAAUCAUCUACUGCUUCUUCGGGUAUCGAUGCUUCAAGGCAGUGUUGUUCCUGACGGGCCUGAUGUUCGGCUCUGUGGUCAUCUUCAUGCUGUGCUACAAGGAGAGGGUGAUGGACACUCAGCUGAGCGUAGAGGCGUCCGUCGGCAUCGGCCUGGGCAUCGGGACACUGUGUGGCCUGGUGACGAUGUUGGUGCGCAGUGUGGGUCUGUUUAUGGUUGGCCUGCUGCUUGGCCUGCUGGUUGGAGUCGCCUCACUUGUGGUUAUGGAGGAAUUCUAUCACCCUAAAACAGUGUGGGUUCCUCUGGGUAUUCUUCUGGGCUCUGGGACAUUGUUCGCCGUCCUCACUCUCCAGUGGCAGCGCUGCUUUGUCACCUUCUCCACAGCAACAUUUGGCUCUGCCAUCAUCACAGUCACAGUGGAUUAUUUUAUAGAGCUGUUUGCCUUGGUGCACUACAUCUAUGAGAGACUCAAGGUUAGGACUGCUGCCCCUGUCUGCUGGUUUACCUGGGUCAUCAUGGGGGUCUGGCCAGUCCUGACCCUUCUUGGAGUUCUGAUCCAAUGGAAAGUUACUGCAGAGGGAUUUUCUCACACAGAGGUGGUACUGAGUCGGCAGCAGCGGCGGGUCCAGCUCAUGCGGAUCCGACAACGGGAGGAGAAGCUGAAAAAGGAGAAGGAGAACAAGAAGAAGAAGAAACGUCACAACCAGAAGCCCACCCUCAAGCAGAAGGCCCAUACCCAUCACCACCACCAUCACCAGCAGUAUCACCACCCCGCGGCAACCCACCCUCAUCAACAAACCCAGAGCUCUCAGCAACCUAAGGUCCCGCCGCCUCCUCCUACGCAUACAGAGCCUGGCUACCACCGCAAAUCCAAUCCUAAAAGACGCUUUGACGGAGAUGUGCUGUCUCCGAGCUACAUCAGGAGUUUCAGAGACAGACAGACUGAAAGACGGGCGUACUCCCACACUCGAAUGAGCCGCUCUCGGAUGGCUCAACUGGACUACGACUGCGGCUCUCAAGUGCCUCUCACAGUACCUAGUGGACAAGCAGUUCGGAUCUGAACACAUUUACACAAUCACUGCCUCCUUGAAAGACUCUUAUAGCCCAACACGAAUAAAAGACCUAACACAGUUCAAUCAACUGCCAAUUUACCCAACUGAAACUCAUGUCCUGAAGACUGUGUGACCCCGAUUGGUUCUGUCCUGUUUGGUGUUUUUUGCCGGCAAUUUUGUUAUUUUAGACAGGCAAGGCAGAAAGAAUUUUGUUUUGGAGAGAUGACACAUUGGUGAACCAUCAGAUUCUUAAUUUAGCUCCAAUGUAGCUUUUGCUUUCCUUCGGGGCGCUGGAUAAAUCGGACCCAUUUAAAAUGUGAUCAAGCAAACUGUUUCAGUAAUUUUCCAGAGUGAUUGUUCUGGGAAGGAGAUAUCUUUGUCAAUGUGCUGUAAUAUUUGAGCCACGGUGUUACUAUGUGUAUUGUAAAGUAUCGGGAAAAUGCCACUUUUCUAUCACCAUCAGUAACUUUUUACCUUUAAGGUGAUUAAAGAAUGAUAGACUUUGUUUCGAGGGUUCAGAGCAGAGAGCUCAGUGCUAAAAAGGAACUGAAGAUACAGUGCAAACACUGGAACUCAGAGCUCUUACUCUUCGGAGUGAAAUGAAAUAUUUAUUUCAUUGCCGUUAUAGUUUUCAUCACAGCUUGUAAAUACAGAAAUUGCAUUUUUUUUUAAAGAGGGGACGAGUUGCAGGUGUGAAUCGGACUGAACGAUUCAAACCAAAGAGGGUUUUUUUUUUCUUGUAAUUUCCUAAUUUUUUUGCAUCUUGUGCCAUUUUUCUAUGGCAGAUGUGUUUACAUCUCAUCGCUGACCUCCCUCCAUGCUUGAUCCCAGACGGUCGGAGUGGACACGUGAGCCCUGCAGCUCAUGGAGUGGUCCAAUUAUUAGCAAACACGAGGGGGAGUCAUUUAGGUCUCUGACAAGCAUGCUGUACAAUUCUCUUCCCCCUUCUUGUUUUGCCAUAUACUGCGUCGCCUGAAAGGAUUAACUUCUGAAGGUUUUUUUUUUUUAUGACAUGCUACUUGAUGAAGAGGAGGCCUUAAAGAAAGAUUAUCUCCUUGAAAAGAGGAAGGUAAGAAGAACAAUGCAUUUGCAAAUGGCGCCCUCUAAUGUUUACUGCUGGACCUGUCCUUUAGACCUUCUCUAUGUACGUUUGUGUCAACAUAAAUUUAGAUGUUGAUCUGUUCCUACUCUAUGUGCUUCUUGCAAUUAUGCUGUUGAGCCAUUAUCCAGAACAGAACAGGUGAAUUGUGAUGUUUUACAUUAAGAUGGUAUAUUUUUAUUUCAGCCUUACAUGAACUGAAAUGUUUUCUACAUGCACAAUUGCUACUUUAUUAAAUAUUACAGUGAGCACCGACAAUUAACCUUAACAAUGAUGCAAAAAAAAAAAAAAAAGUGAUGGAUUAAAACUUGACCCCUGAAAUUUAGGGUAUUUUACUGUUUGAAAUUUGAACAGAGCAAAGCAACAGUUAAACACUGACACCAAUUGAACAGUUCUCUGUUGGUGAAGGACCACAUAUUUAAUACUGCAUUACUGCAUGAGUAAACUUGUGUAAUCCGCUGUGUUGUGUAAUUGUUGCCAUGUGAAAACCCCAGAUUUCCAUCUUAUUUUGGACCAAGGGUGCAUAAACACCUCUCCCUCUCUGUAUGUUUACAUAGUCAAAGUUAAAGCCUUUAAAAGGACACAUGUUAUUAUUAAAUGGAUAGUUCAGACAAUUUAAAGUCAGGUUCUUUUGCUGGGUUACACUCCGUUAAUAUCUUACCUUCAGUAUAAAUUCGGGUCUGUUGGUCCGAGAGGUUAAAGCUAACGGCUAGUCCGAGAGGGGCCAAGACCAAAGCCGACCUCCAUUCUCAAAAGCAUCAUAGAGAUUUAUGAGGGUGCUAUUUUAUAAACUUUAAAACUGUCAUCUCAUUAGCAUUUUGUGGCUAGUUAUAAAGAAGCCAGUGGGAAGGAGGGAGGAUGUGGCACAGCACCAAUGGAUUUCCUGCGUGAAAGGUGCUGAAAAUGUAAUAUAUAAACCGUUUUUGGUCAGAAUCAAAAAGCCACAAAUAUUCCAGUGGUUUAAGGGAAUGUUUUUUUUAUUUUUUAUUAUUAUUAUUGAUUUUUAAACAGACUUACUUUUCUAUUAGGUGGUUGAUCUGACCAGAAAAUGCUGUACACGUAAUGUUCUCAGUCCACAUAUUGAACGUGAGAAUCACUGCAGUGCACCACCUACCGUGUAAAUAAGCUGAAACUUGGUGACAGUUUAAAAGUUUAUUAAAAAGCGUUUGUAUAAACCACUUUGACAGUUUUGAGACUGGAGUACAGAGGUCCAAGGUAGAAGUCUACUUUGGUCUCCUCCGCUCUCGGAUCAGACUUCAGCUUCAGCCUCAUUGACCAGAAGAUCUUCAUUUAUACUAAACGACAAUGCAAAAAAAAAUGUUGUCCAGUGCGGGUUUGGAUAAUACCCACAGAAGAAAACUGUGACUUUUUAACAUAAUAUCCCUCAAAAAUAUCUGAACAAUCCCUUUUAAUUUAAACCACCUCCUGUUCUGUUUUACUGUAUUACUCUGACGGUCUUUUGCCGCAGUGUCUGUAGUAGUGUGACUUUGUUUUUGCUCGUACCAGAGUCCUCUUUUUUUUAUCUUGGCUGUGUCUUUACUGUAGUGGUGAUGUAAGUUAUCAUGUAUAGAUGCUAAUCAUUGGUUCUUCUCUUGUUUGUAAUAGGGCGGGGGGCUAAUAACUCUUUUACAUAUAUUGCUUUCUCUUUUUUCAUAUAGUACAUAUACAGUUUUGCUGUAUAACGCACCGUAUGUUAGGAUAAUAAUUUGAUUGUAGAUACUGACGUAAAUAAUCUUUUAAUGUCCAAAUAUUUGACUCCGGAUUUAUGUUUUUAACAUUAUAUUGUGUUCCGUUUUUGCAGCUGGAUGUUCUUAACGGAGUAGACCCGUUACGCUGUGAUCCUGCUGUAUGUUUUUUUGAUUUGACUUAUUGUAAAUAUGUUUCUCACCCUGCUGUUUGAACCUGUGAUGAUAAAAUUCAGCAGACCAAUUUAAAACUUGGAAUUUAA